GAUGGGAUCUUCCAUUAUAAAAGAGACCCAAAAAUAGUUUUGGGACAGAGAAAUUGAAAGAACACAAGUCAAAAAAACCCAUAAACUUUAACGGGGGAGCUAGAGAUGAUUUGCGGCGGUGCUUUGGCACGUAUUGCUUCCGGCUUAACCGCCUUCCUCCUCCUCGCCGUCGUUCACAGCGAGGGGAAGUGCAGCAAAACGUGCAUUGUACAGAACUGCAACAGUCUCAUCAUUCGAUAUGGGAAGUAUUGUGGGAUAGGUUACUUUGGAUGUCCUGGAGAGAAACCUUGUGAUGAUCUUGAUGCUUGUUGUAUGACACAUGACAAUUGUGUUGAUCUAAAAGGUAUGACUUACGUUAACUGUCACAAGCAGUUCAAACGUUGCGUAAACAAGCUAAGCAGAUCAAUCAAAAAAUCUAACGGUCAAAAGAUUGGAUUCUCCGAGCAAUGCCCUUAUUCGACAGUGAUACCAACUGUGUACAAUGGAAUGAAUUACGGCAUUUUCUUCAGUAAAAUAGGUAAUAUCCUUAAACCUCCCAUGCUCGGAAGCACGCCUCUCGUGGAGGUGGAUCUCUCAAGGAGUAAAGUGGACAUAAAGGAUGGCCUUGGUACAUUAAAUCAAGGCCUUCAAAUUAAAGAAGGCUCCAAAGUCUAUGCUUCUUUAAAUAUGAGCUCUUCUACUUCUUGAUCAUCUUCUAUAAAGUGACUUAUAUAUUAACUCUUUCUCUUC